CGAUAACUUCCUUGAAACUAUCACGUUUUAAUUCUAUCAUCUAAAAGUAAUAAUCUGUUAAUCCAAGCACAAUCUUUUCACCGCAUUCAGUAUAUGACAAUUGUACAACAAUUAACAAUAAAGAUAUACCAUGGUUAGCUGUGUUUACUUAUGAGACAGCACAGUGAAAAGAUUACUUGAAGGAUCCUUACAACACACUGGUACAUGUCCGCCAUGUUUACAGACAGUUAUGAAGGAGACACAGAUCAACGAACUAGUCAGAUGACUGAAAAGGGAACUCUGUUCCACCAGGAACAAAAGGACACUCACAUAAAAAGGGCAAAAGUGUCAGGUUUCAUGUUAUCAAAUUGUAUGAACAAUCUUAAUACACUACCAAAGUCUUUGUCAGCAUUACAAAGUGCAGAAACAGAUUUAGACACUGUGUACAAAAGAUAUGACAAAAAUGCAAAUGAGUACAUUGAUUUUCUGUCACGUUCAAGAGAUUCAGAAGCCCAAAACGAAUUGGAAUCAUACUGGGUGAUAAUGACUGAUGUUAAAAACAAAUACAGUAUAUUAAUGGACAAAAUUCAGUUUGCAAAGGAAUCCGUUGAAACAAAAUCAGUUAAAUCGCACACGUCACAAAGAUCAGACAGAACUCGUUCGUCAGCAUCUGGGAGUCGUACAGUUGGGCUAAGAGCCAAAGCAGAAUCUGAAAAAUAUAGCUCAAAUAUGUUGAAAGAGAAGUGGCAUUGAAAAAAGAACAAUUUGAAAAAUCCUUACAGCUAGAAAUUCUUGAACAACAAAAAAAUGCAGCAGCGGCUGAUGUAGAAGCAACUUAUCUAGAGAUACAUUCUCAAGGCGGAUCUGAACAUGAUGGGUCUGAAAUCUUACCUAAAGAGGAAAUUGGUGCGUUCGAAAGAACUUUAAACUAUCUAGAUGGAUUGGGCUCUACUUCUCCACACGACAAACCUCUAUCAGCUGAAGCAAAAUUGUUUUUACCUGCAGUCACGCCAGACUAUUUUCAAAAAGAUAUUACUGCUUCUACACCAAUAGUACAGAACAUUGUUCACACUAUUCCUAAACAAACAACUACUGCAAAACCAACAAUGCCAGUCCAAGGGCCAACCACUUUAAUCUCAGCUUCACACAAUAGCGCUACUGCAGAAACACAAUUUACA